CUGUCGACCAGAAGCGAGGACUGACCAAGUAAGGACUACGCCAGUCUGGAUUUCAUGAUUAUCGUGAAGCUUAAUUUUUCCUUAUUUCGGGAUUAGUGUGAAGCUUUGUUUGUUGUCGCUGGUGAAUUGGAGUGAAGAGCACAAUGGCUGCGGCAAGCAUCUGAUAAUACUGGAACCUUCAACUCGACUGGAUUUCACAGAAUACGAGCAGGAUGGCUGCACUGAAAAGUCACGCGUGAGCGAUCAGCAUUGCCUUAAAGGCUUAUGUAGUACUACGUAUGUGGCCCAGUCUGACAACUCAAUAUCUUACAUCUCGUUGCAAGAUCCCUACUCUGUAUUAUCUAAAGCAUCUUGGAAAGUGCUUUGAAAGACAGUGACUUUUCAUAGGACAAAAAUCUGCUUAUGCCAGUGACGUUGCAUCCUAAGCAGAUAUGAUUGUACAAGUGUAGCCUAUAUAUAUUAGUGUGGAUAUAAUAUGGCUUCAUCAGCACUAAUUGUGUCUCCAGAAGUGCUGAGAAAUUUCAGACAUCGCCACAUCGUGACACAUUGGGGAAGGAAGGUUUUGUUUAUGGUAUUACAUAAUAGUUUUCUACAUGGACAAACCAAGACAAUCAGUGAGAUUCUCGAUGAUAAGAAACUAUUAACUGGGAAAUCUUUCAGUUACGAGGAAAGAAAAAAUCUCGCUGGUAAAUCUCCAGAGGACUUUGACAUCACGCUGCUGUAUAAAAUCUGCGAGCAGCUUUGGCAGCAAGGAGUUAACAACCCUGGCGAUGAACUGAGAAAAUUAGUGAAACUAAUCAAAGAUGAGAGGAACCCUGUUAACCAUGACAUGCCUGUUAGGUCAAGUAGAGAUUGGGAAAAUAGACUCAGAGAAUUUCAAGCAACACUCGAGGCAACUCUUGAUAAAACCAAGUCUUGCUUUCGAGUUCGGUGGGAUAAAAUUGAUCAGCUCAAAGUAGAGAUCCAGGAUGCUGUUUCAAAGCUGUGGAGUAAGAUCCAUGAGAAAUAUGAUCCCUCAAACAAAAAGGAUAUGGAAGAGUUUAAGAAGGAAAUAGCAGAGUUUCCGAGCGUGUUAUCUGAACUAGUAAAAGAGUACUCUCAAAGAGAAUUUUGUUCUUUUUAUAAAAGCCGCUGUAAGACUUCCCCCUUUGACUGGCUACCUCAGUAUUGUGUUGAAGACUCGUCUAAUAUCAUUAUUCCCUUACGAGUGGAGGAUGAUAAGCGGUUCAAUCAAAAUAUAAGUAUCAUUGUAAAUCAACAAGAAAUCUUCGACACAAAUAAAAUGGGAGCUGAUUAUGAAGUUUUGAUUAUAUCUGGUGAUGCAGGUUCUGGAAAGACCACAAUUCUUUGUUCCUUUGUAGAGAACUGGUAUAAGAAGACAAGUGAUAUACCACAAUUCUCUUCCUUCGAAACUCUGCUUUUUAUGCAGUUCAAGGAUCAGAAAUACGACAACUUUGAUGCAUACCUUAAAGGAUUGUUGCCACGGACUGUAGCUUAUUAUGAUUUCCCUCUUGUGAAAUCACAUAUCCUUGGUUCAAAAUGCCUAAUCUUUUGUGAUGGGUACGACGAGGCUAAUGUGAAUUCCAAGAAACUCUUUGAAGAAAUGUUAACACUGAAGUUGAAUGCUAAAAAGAUUGUCGUGACAACACGUUCAUGGAAUACUGAGGAACUAAUAAAUGUUGUGGACUCCAGAAAGUGUAGCAAAAUCAACCUCAAAGUUUUAGGUCUUCAGGAAGAGGAUUUCCACUUGCUCAAAGAAAAACUCAUCGACUGCCGGGUGGAAGAUACUAUCAAACGGCUAAAACUCAAAUCUAAGCUAUCUAAGAAAAUCAAAGAAAUGGACAACAUGACUAAAGAAUGUCUGAAAUCACCACUGCUUUUUAAGAUGUUUAUGCUUCUUUACGUUGAUCGCCCAUGUUUAAGGAAUCAACUAAGUACCUGGGAAACGCUUUACUCACUAUUGAAAAAGAACCUGGACCAGAGAAUCUUAAACAAGACACGAAUCUCUGAAGAGGAACUGGAGAAAUGCUAUGAAUUGUACUUAGCAUCGUCAGGGAAAGACAUGGAAAACUUGCAGAUUCGUUCUCAAGCGGUAAAGCAACACUUUAAUGCCAUCAUGUCAUCAUAUUGCAUCCUAGAGCAGGCGUGAUCCUCUGCAGAUUGCCAACUUAUUCUGCUAAAGCCACAGAAGUAAGCAGGAAUUUGCAAUUGCUAGCAAUCUCUGUGAUGACAUAUCAAAUCGAAGGCAUUAAGGAGAAAACAUUCUCCUAGAUGUGCUGCAGUCUAAAGCAUUAACCGAUACUUCAGUGUCAGAUAACAAAACUCUGUUUAAGGAAUUGGGGUGAGUCAUUUCCUUCGUACCAGGAAUACCCUAAUAAUGAUGCAUUAUACAAUCAAGUCAAAUGCUUUCAAAACUCUUCAUGUAUCAUAAAGCCUCUCUCAACAGAAGCAUGAUGAACUUUUGGAACCUUGCAUGGAAACUAGACUGGAUGAUCGAGGUUUGCAUUCACAUGCACAGAUGCUGUAAAAACAAAGCACAUACACUCAUUAAAUCACUUUCUGUAUUUGAUGGAAAAAUUAUUAAGUAAUCAUAUAUAUAUAUAUAUAUAAAUAUAUAUAUAA